AUGAUAUGUGAGACUCAGCGGGGGUUCCAAUAUCUUACCAGCUUAGUCGACUUAUCGGUCGGUCCUUUCUCAGAGGAGCUCAGUUCUUUCCCUAGUCUUGAAGGUGUCCAGCACUUGCAGGCAUCCCCUCGCAAUGUCAGAUUGACUGGAUGGCCUCACUGGAACUCCAUUCUAGAGCAGUUUCAACGCUUCACUGCCCUAAAAGGUAUACGCCUUUCUGGUUUUGGAUUGGAAACUUUAUCAGAUUGGUUUGAGAACUUUUCAUCUCUUGAAUCUCUCUCUUUCUCUCUAUGCGGGUGUGAAUCAAUAAAGUAUUUGCUCCUAUUUGGAGCGAUGCGACACCUCACUAAGCUAAAGAUAUUGGAGAUUUGGGAAUGCCCCCUCCUAAAGGAAAGAUGUGCCAAAGGGAUUGGCCCCGAAUGGUCCAAGAUUUCACACAUUCCACAAAUUGAGAUAGACUUCAGAAAUGUUCAAGAUCAAUCUACUUGA